CCACACUCCAGCAGCAUCCCGCGGAGCCAUCCGCGCGAAUCGCGCUGCCUCGGCUUAAUGAUGCGACGGCUGCCUGGCUAGCGCUCAUCAUGGCGUGGCUUUGUCAUCCUCGUCUGUUUCAGUUACCGGCCACCCGCAUCCGCACGCUCAGCGUGACUCCGUUUCCAUGAAGGAGAGGAAUGUCAGCUCGUUCUGAACGCCUGCGCUCACCCGCCAGUCUUCUAACAUGCAUUUUACACGGAAAUCGAAGAAGAUCCACACGGAAGGAGAGCAAUUAGUUUUGGUCCCAAUUAGCCAAGAUGCUACUUGUCUCUCCCCCAAAAGUGAAGAAGAGGGUAUGGGAGCCGGGAUAUGCUCAAGGAGAUCAAAUAAGCGCAUUCCCAGGACGUGUAAUAUAAGGCCAACUUGUUCGUCCACGGGCUACGAGAAGGCGGAGGAUGAGAUGUCCGGUACCACGUCCCAAGCAGACCUGACCGACGCAGCAGCACGAACUAUUUACCUGAAUCAUGCCCAGCAGACAAAGUUCUGCGAUAACCACGUCAGUACUGCCAAGUAUGGAGUCCUCACUUUCUUCCCACGCUUUCUAUACGAACAGAUCAGAAGGGCUGCCAAUGCUUUUUUCCUCUUUAUUGCCUUAUUACAGCAAAUUCCAGAUGUGUCUCCUACAGGAAGGUAUACAACCUUGGUGCCAUUGCUCUUUAUCCUUACAAUAGCAGGGAUCAAAGAAAUAAUUGAAGACUAUAAAAGACACAAAGCAGAUAAUACAGUCAAUAAAAAGAAAACAACAGUUUUAAGAAAUGGUGUUUGGCAAAACAUUAUAUGGAAGCAGGUUGCGGUUGGAGACAUUGUGAAGGUCACCAAUGGGCAGCAUCUUCCAGCUGACAUGGUCAUUAUAUCCUCCAGUGAGCCACAAGCAAUGUGCUAUAUAGAGACAUCAAAUCUAGAUGGGGAAACAAAUCUAAAAAUACGUCAGGGUUUAUCUUUAACUGCAAAUUUUCUGUCACCUGAAGACCUAAUGACUCUCACUGGAAAACUAGAAUGUGAAGGCCCCAAUCGGCAUCUGUAUGAUUUUACUGGGACACUGCACUUAGAAAAUCAUAGUCCUACCCCACUUGGGCCUGACCAAGUGUUACUUCGAGGUGCUCAACUAAGGAAUACUCAGUGGGUACUUGGAGCUGUUGUUUACACAGGACAUGACACUAAACUCAUGCAGAACUCGACUAAAGCACCAUUAAAGCGGUCAAAUGUCGAGAGAGUAACUAACAUACAGAUCCUGGUCUUAUUCUGUAUUCUUCUUGUCAUGGCACUUGUCAGCUCUGUGGGAGCAGCCAUCUGGAACAGACAGCACACAGAAGUGGACUGGUACCUUUCCAGAGCUGCUGAUAUCUCCAACAACUUUUGGUACAACCUAUUGACAUUCAUUAUUCUGUACAACAACUUGAUUCCCAUCAGCUUAUUAGUGACUUUGGAAGUUGUGCGGUUUACUCAGGCUCUUUUCAUUAAUUGGGAUACAGAAAUGUACUUUUCAGAAACAGACACUCCAGCUAUGGCCCGGACAUCAAAUCUGAAUGAAGAACUUGGGCAGGUGAAGUAUCUGUUUUCUGAUAAAACUGGUACCCUUACAUGUAAUGUUAUGCAUUUUAAGAAAUGCACCAUCGCAGGAAUUGCUUAUGGCCAUUUUCCUGAUCUAGAAUCUGAGCGCUCAAUGGAUGAUUUCAGCAAUCUUCCAUCCAGCAGUCACAUUUCUUCUGAAUUUGAAGAUUCAUCACUAAUUGAAAAUAUUGAGUCAAAUCAUCCUACAGCACCUCAGAUAUGGGAAUUUCUCACAAUGAUGGCUGUGUGUCACACAGUAGUACCUGAGAAAGAUGGGGAUCAAAUCAUCUAUCAAGCUUCUUCUCCAGAUGAAGGUGCUUUAGUUAAAGGAGCCAAGGGGCUUGGUUUUGUAUUCACUGGACGAACUCCUCAUUCUGUUAUUAUUGAUGCGAGAGGAGGAGAACAGAGCUUUGAACUACUUAAUGUGCUGGAAUUUUCAAGCAACCGCAAAAGAAUGUCUGUUAUUGUCAAAACACCAACAGGAAAGCUGCGCCUUUACUGUAAGGGAGCUGAUAAUGUUAUAAUGGAACGGCUUGCUGAAAAUUGUCAAUUUAAAGAUGAAACUUUAAACCACCUUGAGCAAUUUGCUACAGAAGGUCUAAGAACAUUGUGUUUUGCAUAUGUCGAUCUUAAUGAGACUGACUAUCAAAACUGGUUAGAUGAAUAUAAUACAGCAAGCACUGUUUUAAAGAGAGAGCUCAGAAAACUGGAAGAAUGCUAUGAGCUCAUUGAAAAGAAUCUUUUCCUUCUUGGAGCUACGGCUAUUGAGGAUCGUCUUCAGUCUGGUGUUCCAGAAACUGUAGCAACACUAAUGAGGGCUGACAUAAAAAUCUGGAUUUUGACUGGUGACAAACAAGAAACUGCCAUUAAUAUAGGAUAUUCCUGCAGACUGGUAUCUCAUGGUAUGUCUCUGAUGAUCAUCAAUGAGGAUUCCUUAGACGCUACAAGAGCAACUUUAACACACCACUGUGCUUCCCUGGGGGAUUCCCUGGGUAAAGAGAAUGAGCUGGCACUCAUCAUAGAUGGACAGACCCUGAAAUAUGCCCUUUCUUUUGAAGUCCGCCAGUCUUUCCUUGACUUAGCACUGUCUUGUAAAGCGGUGAUCUGUUGCAGGGUGUCACCUCUGCAGAAGUCUGAGAUUGUGGAUAUGGUGAAGAAGCAUGUUAAUGCCAUCACACUGGCAAUUGGAGAUGGUGCCAAUGACGUGGGCAUGAUCCAGACUGCUCAUGUGGGUGUGGGAAUCAGUGGAAAUGAAGGCAUGCAGGCAACAAAUUCCUCAGAUUACUCCAUAGCACAGUUUUCCUAUCUAGAAAAACUAUUAUUAGUUCAUGGGGCGUGGAGCUACAACCGUGUCACCAAGUGCAUUCUAUACUGUUUCUACAAAAAUGUGGUUCUCUACAUUAUUGAGCUUUGGUUUGCAUUUGUUAAUGGAUUUUCUGGCCAGAUUCUGUUUGAGAGAUGGUGCAUAGGGCUGUACAAUGUGAUUUUCACUGCCUUGCCACCAUUCACUUUGGGCAUUUUUGAUCGACCAUGUAGUCAGAAGAGUAUGCUGAGGUUUCCACAACUGUACAGAAUUACCCAGAAUGCCGAUGGAUUCAACACAAAGGUUUUCUGGGGUCAUUGCAUCAAUGCCUUGAUCCACUCCAUCAUUCUCUUCUGGUUUCCACUAAAAGCCCUGGAACACGAUUCAGUCUUUGAUAAUGGCCAUGCAACAGAUUAUUUAUUUGUUGGAAAUAUAGUCUAUACAUACGUUGUAGUGACGGUCUGCUUGAAAGCUGGCUUAGAAACAACAGCGUGGACAAGGUAUAGCCACUUGGCAGUAUGGGGAAGCAUGAUUCUGUGGAUCGUAUUCUUUGGAGUCUAUUCUGCCAUUUGGCCCACGAUUCCAAUUGCACCAGAUAUGCUUGGACAGGCAGGGAUGGUAAUGAGAUGCUGGAGCUUCUGGCUCGGCUUAUUACUGGUGCCAGCUGCAUGCUUAAUCAAAGAUUUGGCGUGGACCGCAGGGAGACAUACCUGCCGGAAAACUCUGCUUGAAGAAGUGCAAGAGCUUGAGGCUAGAGCUGUGGAUCCAGGUGCAGCUGUCCUCAGAGAUGCCAAUGGAAGAAGCCUCAAUGAACGAGCUCACCUGCUGACCCGUGUGUUUAAAAAAACAUCUUCAAACUUGGCACGCGCCAACUCUGUCCAGCAGACGGUAUCACAUGGAUAUGCCUUUUCCCAAGAGGAGCACGGUGUAGUUUCUCAGUCUCAAGUUGUCCGAUCAUAUGACACAACCAGACAGAGAUCUGAAAUGGAAUAACAAACCAAUAAGCUUACCCGAGCAUGAACUGCACCAAGUUCGUUUUGAAUGGUUAGAAUAAAAUAUGCUCAAGAAAGAAGAAAAGCAUACAGAAAUAAAUGAUGGCUUUUAUUAUUUUAGAAACUUAUAAACGCCAAACAAAGACUAGAUUGCCUACUUCUGUGGCCUUAGCCAAAAUAUGGAAUCUUUAUUAAACUUGUGACUCAAACCUGA